AAUAAUUUUAACUGUUUAGUGCAUAGAUAUGGUUUAGUGCCAUUUUACUGAUUUGGUUAUGUUAUGUUAUAAAUGAGAACUAUUACUACUAACCGAUGGUCAUCAACGUUAUGAUUAUUUUUAAAAUUGUAAUAUAACUAUUUAUUUACUAUUUACUGCUAUUUUAAUUUUUCAAUUUGUUUACUUUAUGUUACAUUUAUCUUGGGUAUUAAUGUAAAAAGCCGUAUAUUAUUUAUUUAAGACAAAAUGUGUACAGUAACAAUUAAAGGAGUUCCAAUAAAGUUUCCCUUUGAACCAUAUGAUCUUCAAAAGAAAUACAUGGAAAAAGUUGUAGAAUGCCUUCAAAAUGAAUGUAAUGGUGUUUUGGAAUCUCCAACAGGUACAGGAAAAACUUUAUCACUGUUAUGUUCCUCCUUAGCUUGGUUGGAAUUAAAAAAAGCUCAACUGCAAGCUCAACGUCAAAUAGCUAACUUCAAUGAAGAUAAUGAGUAUUUAAAUUCUCUCGAUGUUAUGUUGCAAAAGACUACUGGUAAAAGAAGUGGUAGAUCAUUUUUAGGUUUGCCAACUAUAAUAUACGCUUCACGUACACAUUCUCAGUUAACACAGGCAAUGCAGGAAUUGAAAAAGACUUCUUACAAAUACAUGAAAGCUUAUGUUUUGGCUUCAAGGGAACAGAUGUGUAUUCAUCCUGAAUUAAUGAGUGAAUCAAGUAAUGACUUGAAGCGACAAAUGUGUGACAUAAAAGUAAAAUCAAGAUCAUGUCACUAUUAUAAUCGAGUAGAACAAAAAAAGAAUGACCCAGAGUUAAGUAAAUUAAGUAUUAUCGAUAUUGAGGAUAUGAUAAAGUUAGGAAAUUGUCAUAAAUUUUGUCCUUAUUUUAUGGCAAAGGAAUUGAAACAAGAUGCAGACAUUAUAUUUAUGCCUUACAAUUAUUUGUUAGACCCUAUUUCUCGAAAGGCAAUAGGUGUUGACUUGUCAAACAAUGUAGUUAUCUUAGAUGAAGCUCAUAACAUUGAAAGGACUUGUGAAGAAUCAGCAUCACUUCAAUUGAAAACUUCAGAUAUAGCUUUAGCCAUUGAAGAAGUAACGGCAGUAAUGAAGAUGUUAUCUUCUGAAACUGUCGAUUUCAAUGAUAGUCCUAAGGACUUUGCCGCUGAAGAUUUAUGUGUUUUAAAGCAAAUGCUUCUAGAUUUUGAAAAAGAAAUGGACAGCAUUAAUUUGAAAGGAAAUAGUUCGGAAGGAACAAAUUUCGAUGGAGAUUUUAUUUUUGAACUUCUAUCAAAAGCUGGAAUUCAUGAAAACAAUUGCAGAGCUAUUAUAACUUUACUCUCAAACAUAUCCCAAUUUCUAAAUGUAAUAGCCAGUGGUCCAUUUGCUAGAAGAGGCAUUGGCUUACUGUCGUUUGAAAGAUUCUUAACCAUUGUUUUUAUUGGAACUACUGAGGAAUUCAAACAAAAAGUGAAAAGGUGCUAUAAGGUCCAUGUAAUCGAAGAGCAACCAAAAAAGAAAAAGCCAGACAAUUGGUUGGCAAAAGCUACUGUUAAAGCUGGUGGCAGAAUUUUAAGCUACUGGUGUUUUAGUCCAGGAUUUGGUAUGAAUAUGUUUAUGGAUAAAGGCCUGAAAUGUGUUAUACUGACAAGUGGCACUCUAGCUCCUUUGCGGCCACUGAUUUCUGAAUUGGCAAUAAACAUUCCAGUUUGCCUUGAAAAUCCACACAUUGUGAAAAAUAACCAAGUUUGUGUGAAAAUAGUUUCUACAGGACCAGAUCAAGAGAUACUUAACUGCAACUACCAAAAUAGAGGUAAUAUAAAAUAUAUUGCAUCAGUGGGAAGAAGUAUAUUGAAUCUUGCUAGAAUAAUACCUGAUGGUUUACUGAUAUUUUUUCCAUCAUACCCCAUAAUGCAAAAAUUCCAACAAUAUUGGCAAGAAUCUGGACUUUGGACAAAUAUAAGCCAGCAAAAGAUGAUAUAUGUAGAACCCAAAGAUAAAACUGCUUUCAAUAGUACGAUGGAAGAGUAUUACAUGAAAAUAAAAGAUGUCAGCGCAAAAGGAGCCAUAUUUAUGGGUGUUUGUAGAGGAAAAGUUUCUGAAGGUCUAGAUUUUGCGGAUGCAAAUGGCAGAGCUGUUAUUGUGAUAGGAUUACCUUAUCCUCCUUUGAUGGAUCCUAAAAUAGUAUUGAAAAAGCAAUACUUGGAUCUGUGCCACACUGCAGAUAAAGAGUAUUUAAGAGGAGACGAAUGGUACUCUUUGGAAGCUACAAGAACUGUUAACCAAGCCAUCGGCCGAGUUAUCAGACAUCGUAAUGAUUAUGGAGCUAUAAUAUUGCUUGAUGCUAGGUUUAAUAAUUUUAAAAUAAAAAAUCAGAUAUCCAGAUGGCUGAGAGACAAUAUCAAAGUUAUAAAUAAUUUUGGAGAAAUUAUGAGAGAUCUUAAAGCUUUCUUUAAAAUUGCUGAAUUGAAUUUUCCAGUUUGCGAACCAAAGAGUAGCCCACUAGCUUCAGUAGCGGAAGCAGUUCCUAACAUUUCCAAACAAUCCAAUUUUGACUUUAGCACAAGUUCAGUUGCUGGCUCUAGUAUAUCAAAUUCUGGAGAGGUCGUCAUACAUAAAAGAAGUACAAAAGAAGACCUUUUCAACCCAAUGAAAAGGAAAAAAAUUAACUUAAUCCCUAACACGUCAAAUGUAGAAAAUACAGGUCCGCAGGAAUACAUGACGAUGGUUAGAAAGGCUUUGGAUCCUGCAUCACUCACAAAUUUCAUUUGUGCUUUGAAGAUGUAUGGUGAUACUUUAAAUUUUAGUAAAUUCAUAAAUUUAAUAGAUGAAAUUUUCCGAACUAAACAUCAAUUAAAAUACCUCAUUCUGGGUUUAGAUCCUUACAUUAAAAAUUGCCAUAAAGAUGAUUACAAUAAAUAUUGUGAACAUUUAAAACAAUACUUGUAAACUACUUUUUAUAUUUUAUUUUGUAACAAAAAAUGGGCAAG